GUCCAUAGGAAAGCGAAAGAAGAAGUUUUGGGCUGUGGAUAUCAUUGCGUUGAUGGAGAGUUGGCCCUUCCCCGCGCAUGAAGUAUUUGAAAUAAAGCUCUCUCUGCCCUCGGUGCUCGUCUGCUCUCCUUCUUCUCUUCUUGUCUAUUACAAAAGUCUGCGACUUUUCCAAUUCUGUUGUGAUACCCAUCGAAGUUUUUUUUGUGUUCAAAUCGAAUUUCAAAAGAUAUCAACAUUGUCACCAUGUCUCUCACAGCAAAGAUCGAGACCCCCAGCAUCACGUACGAGCAACCGUUGGGCUUGUACAUUGACGGCAAGUGGGUGAAGGGUGUCGAGGGCAAGACCUUUGAGACCAUCAACCCCACCAACGAGAAGCCCAUCAUCGCCGUCCACGAGGCCGGUCCCGAGGAUGUCGACAUCGCCGUCAAGGCUGCCCGCAAGGCUUUCAAUGGCGUCUGGGGCCAGACCCUCCCCAGUGUGCGAGGUCAGAUGCUGACCAAGCUCGCCGACCUCUUCGACGAGUACUCGGAUACCCUCGCGGCGAUUGAGUCCUUGGACAACGGCAAGGCCCUGUCCAUGGCCAAGGUCGAUGUUCAGCUGUCUUCUGGCUGCUUGAGAUACUACGGUGGUUGGGCAGACAAGAUCCACGGCAAAACCAUCGACACAGACCCAGAGACCUUCAACUACACAAGACACGAAGCCGUGGGCGUCUGCGGUCAGAUCAUCCCAUGGAACUUCCCUCUGCUCAUGUGGGCCUGGAAGAUUGGUCCUGCCUUGGCCACCGGUAACACCGUUGUCUUGAAGACUGCUGAACAGACACCUCUGUCCGGUCUGUUUGCCGCCACUCUCUGCGAGAAGGCUGGCUUCCCCGCUGGUGUCGUCAACAUCAUCUCUGGCUUCGGCAAGACCGCCGGUGCUGCCAUUGCCUCCCACAUGGACAUUGACAAGGUCGCCUUCACUGGCUCGACCGUCGUGGGCCGCACCAUCCUGCAAGCCGCUGCCAAGUCCAACCUGAAGAAGGUCACCCUCGAGCUCGGUGGCAAGUCCCCCAACAUUGUCUUCAACGACGCCAACAUUGACGACGCCAUCUCGUGGGUCAACUUUGGUAUUUUCUUCAACCACGGCCAGUGCUGCUGUGCCGGCUCCCGGAUCUACGUCCAAUCUGGCAUCUACGACAAGUUCAUCCAGGCCUUCAAGGAGCGGACCGCCAAGAACGUCGUCGGCGACCCAUUCAAGGCCGACACCUUCCAGGGCCCCCAGGUCAGCAAGCUCCAAUUCGACCGCAUCAUGAACUACAUCCAGUCCGGCAAGGAGGCUGGUGCCAAGGUCGAGACCGGUGGUGAGCGCCACGGCAACGAGGGCUACUUCAUCCAACCGACUAUCUUCUCCAACGUCAGCGAGGACAUGAAGAUCAUGCAAGAAGAGAUCUUCGGCCCCGUCUGCGCCAUCAGCAAGUUCGAGACCGAGGACGAGGUGAUCCGGCUGGGCAACGAGACCACCUACGGUCUCGCCGCGGCCGUGCACACGACCAACCUCAACACCGCCCUCCGCGUGGCCAACGCCCUCAAGGCCGGCACCGUCUGGGUCAACAACUACAACAUGCUCAGCCACCAGGUGCCCUUCGGCGGCUUCAAGGAGUCUGGUAUCGGCCGUGAGCUCGGCAAGUAUGCCCUGUCCAACUACACCCAGGUCAAGUCCGUCAGGAUCCGACUUGGCGGUGCCCUCUUUGGAUAAACAGGGUCACAGCAACCUCCAAACCAAAAAAGAAAAAGAAAAAUCUCAAAAAGAAAGGGAAGAGCAGUAGUCAUGACGAAGAGAAACGAAACAGUUUUUGUCACGCAAAGUCAAAAGGCAUGGAUGGUGAGAUGUGGAUGUCGGAAUCCUGUCGAAGAAUGGUCCUCCUUUCCAGGUUCCUUCGUUCUAGCACGCACAGCUUGGGGCUAGUUUUACAUCCUAUGCACGGGGCUGGCGCUGCCGGGUUCAAAAUCUUGCGGGUUCUGCUGGCUCGCCUAGUUAUGUAGGCAGUCCUCUUGCUGCAUGUAAAAUGGAUAAUGAAGAGUUUAUGAACAUCUGAUGCGCGAAACUUCUAGCACGACAGUUCUCUUGACGUACUUGCUUUGGGG